AUGUCUGCCAACCCUAUCUAUCUCGGCGUCGUUGGCGUCGGCGGUGUUGCUCGUCCUUCUCGCCCGCUCCUCGCAGACUCUCCUCGCUCCGGCACCGGCCUAUUCGCCGGCGAUCCCCCCGGCGAUUGGGCCACCGCGUCGGCGACUCCCUCUUUGAACAAGACCGGCGCUCUGCCCGCCGAGGAGAUGGCCACAUACCUCGCCUCGGCUCCUGGACGUGCUAUUCUGGUCGACAAUACCUCCGAUAUCAACCUGGCCCGGUCGUACCCCACAUUCUUGAAGAAGGGUAUUUCUGUCGUGACCCCCAACAAGAAGGGUUUCUCCGAUGACCUUUCUCUGUGGAAGGAGAUCUUCUCCUCGGCCGCUCAAGGCAAGGCUCUUGUCUACCACGAGAGCACUGUCGGCGCUGGCUUGCCCGUCCUGUCCACUCUGAAGGACCUGGUCGCUACCGGCGAUAAGGUAACCCGCAUCGAGGGUGUCUUCUCCGGUACUCUUUCUUUCCUCUUCAACACAUUUGCUCCCGCUUCGGGCUCCUCAAACGCCCAGUGGAGUGCCGUCGUCACCCAGGCCAAGGAGUUGGGCUACACCGAGCCUGAUCCCCGUGAUGACCUCAACGGCAUGGAUGUCGCGCGCAAGCUCACCAUCCUGGCCCGCCUGGCUGGUCUCGAAGUCUCUCGCCCGGAUUCUUUCCCCAUCGAGUCCCUCAUCCCCGCCGAGCUCGCUUCGCUGCCAUCCUCUGCGGAUGGCAUCUCGCAGUUCAUGACCCGCUUGCCGGAGUUUGAUGCCCAGAUGGCGAACAUCAAGGAUGCGGCCGAGAAGGAGGGCAAGGUCGUCCGUUAUGUAGGCAGCAUCGACGUUGCGAGCAAGGCCGUCAAGGUCGGUCUGCAGUACUUUGACAAGGACAGUGCCAUUGCUGGCCUGAAGGGCAGUGACAACAUCAUCAGUUUCUACACCAAGCGGUACGGUGCCAACCCCGUUAUCGUGCAGGGUGCUGGUGCUGGUGGCGAGGUCACUGCUAUGGGUGUGUCGACUGACCUGCUCAAGGUCAUGGAGCGUUUGCACUAA